AUUAUGUUUUUGGCACACGCGUGCACGUUUUGCCAACGAUCGGAAGAAUUAUACUUGUGCAAUUUCAAGGGCGUUGUGGACGAAAAAACAUAGCUUCUAAUUUUGAUCGUGUGUAAAUUAAACAAAUUGUAUCUUACAUGACGUUUCAGCUAACGUAAUGAUUCGAGUGGACGAGGACGAUCCCGUCGGAGAAGUCGAACUGAGCUUUCCAUACAGAGACGUACGUAUUAAAAAAGGCGAGGACCCCAAGGAUUAUUAUGAUUUAAUUAACGAAAUUGGAAGGGGAAAAUUUGGAACAGUAUUUAAAUGUAAGGAAAAACGCACCGGUUUGGACUUGGCGGCUAAAUUUAUUGGAAUUUCAAAAAAGGAAGAUAGAAGAAAUGUGGAACGAGAGGUUGACAUUAUGAAGUGCCUGCAACAUCCACGACUACUUCAAAUUUACGACGCGUUCGAAAACGGAAAAAUGAUGAGUGUAAUUUUAGAGUUAAUCGAGGGCGGAGAACUAUUUGAAAGAGUCAUAGAUGAAGAUUUCGUGCUGACAGAGAAGAGUUGCACAGCCUUUAUGCGUCAAAUUUGUGAAGGAGUGGCUUUUAUUCAUAAACAGCGCAUAUUACACUUGGACAUGAAACCCGAAAACAUUUUGUGCCUCACAAAAACAGGAAAUAGAAUAAAAAUCAUAGAUUUUGGAUUGGCCAGAAAAUAUGAUCCCGACAAGAAAUUGCAGGUUUUAUUUGGAACUCCUGAGUUUGUUGCGCCAGAAGUAGUUAAUUUUGACACUAUCGGCUAUGGUACAGAUAUGUGGUCGGUCGGCGUAAUUUGCUAUGUACUAUUGUCUGGAUUAUCACCGUUUAUGGGACAUACAGAUGUUGAAACAAUGGCGAACGUUACUAUUGGUAAAUACGAUUUUGAUGACGAGGCCUUCCGAAACAUUUCCGAGAAUGCCAAGGACUUCAUAGCCAAACUUCUUUUGAAAGACAUGACUUUACGAAUGUCAGCGGAAGACUGUUUAAAACACGUGUGGUUAUUGCGACGAUCUUCGCCAAAUUCUUCGUAUAUGGAAGUAGCAAAAGACAACUUAAAGCAGUUUGUUGAACGUUGGAAUGAACAUCCCAAUUCCCCUUACGUCUUUGAAUCCUCUUCACAUAUCAUAGCACCUUGCCACUACAAACUACAAUUAUCUGAGUCGCUGCACUCAUUAGAAGGAAUGUCUCCAUCUCCUUGCGGCUCUCUCGGAUCAUCGGUAGGGUCCGACGAUGGAUUUCCACACAAUUUGACUAUAAAUAAUGACGACUUAUUAGCAAUACCGCAAACGGACUAUUUUAGAAGGGCUUCGGAUAGUACUGGAAUCGUGAAGGGGAAUGAUAUUACUGAACGUUUAAAUUUGGCAGACGAAAUCCGUAAGCUGACUGAUAAGUUGUUUCAGCUAUCAACCAUGCCAGAAUUUAAUAGUGAUCGUGAGAUCAAAUCUACGACUGUAUCGUCAACAAAGGUCAGUGGUAAAUACGAAGUGGAAUCGGAUCGGAAGAUGCACGCAACCAUUCCCAGUCCGGCCAUAGCGAUAAAUUCCCCAAAUCUCUCACAAAAAACCCACAAUACGAAAGGCGAGUUUCCUUGGAGAAGGCCGAAAUUUCGCGUAUCAACAAGCAGUAGAGAUGUACCUUUAUAUCAAACAAAUCAAACAAGCUCCUUUAAAAGUAGCUUCGACUCAGACUUUUCUUGCUUCAUGAGUACUAAGUCGUCUCUUUCUGAUGAAAGUUCGAAUUCCAUUGAAACUACCGUUAAUGGUACCAAAGACAUGCUUUUAAAAUUGUUGGAGCAAUGGGACGGACCACAGGUACCUUCUCGACCAAUUCCUCGGCACGGUUCCGUUUCCAACGAAUGGAGCGAAAACGAUAAUCUAGGACAAAAGACUAUUAGUUCCCUAAAUAUGUUUUUUCAAUCACGUUCCAUAAAUAAAAAUACUCACCCAUUUAUGAAACCUAAUGGUUUUAAGUAACGCAUUUAUUACUUGAAUCUUUCACGUAUACUAUCCAUAUUAUACUUACUGUCUAUUUAUCAUUUUUGCAUUUUUAUGGCUGUUUGUUUUUUGUUGCUAAUAAAAUAAUAUAGGGACCAUUCUUUAUAUUCCUUUUUUCUUUUAAACCUCUUGCGUAAAUUGUGUAGAGAAUAAGAUUAAUAUAUUUUCUUAGCUAUUUUUAAGUCAUAAUGUAUUUAUUUUAACAAUUUUAGCUCUAGAAUGACCGCGUUACAAUGCUUGGAGCAAAAAUGGUUACACAGUUCAACUGAACAGUCAGAAAUGGUGUUGAGUACAAAGAAAUUAAAACGAUAUGUAAUUAAAAAACGAUGGAUAAAAGUUGUAAAUACAA